AUGGACACGGAACGACCGUCGAAGAUGCGAUCGUCGCUUCUAAACGUAUCGCCCAUGUUGGCAGUCCUCGUCACCCAGGGACUUUUCGACGCUACCAUUGCGUAUCAGAAUGGAAUUUACCUGGACCUGCGCCCAUUCGUGGGCUUGACGGAUGCGUUGGGGCCUCUCGGUGAUCUUCUCAAGCGCACUGCUUCUGAAGGGAUUGACCAUUGGGAUGGCAUCACGAUUGUCGCUGAAUCAUUUGCCCCCCUUGGUCAAGUCAUGUCGGGGUGGUACAAGGCCAACGGAUCUGCCCGCAUGCUCAAGCUAUUAGCUUGUUUCCCGCAACUGCGAGACCUUGUCAUUGCGCACGCUGUGGUCAAUGGAAACCUUCCACUAUUGAGCUUGCUACCACUCGAGAUCUUGCGUGCAGUGCCAUACACGUUGCUCGAUUUGGCAGCUUGGGACGGCCACCUGAAUGUCCUCGAGUUCCUUCAUUCUGUUGUGGGCCACGAAGGAUGUACUACUUGGGGAAUGAACCUUGCUGCUCGUUAUGGCCACCUCGACGUUGUUCGCUACCUCCAUGAGCGCAGAAGUGAGGGAUGUUCAGACUGGACCGUAGUAUUUGCCGCGGAGAAUGGGCAUGUGGAAGUUGUAAAAUUCCUUCACAACUAUUUUGAUCCCAGUACCGUCCUCGUCAGUGCCGCUCUAAAGUCCGCCGCUAGCAACAAUCGAUUGGAUGUGGCGACGUACAUCAUUCAGGUGCUAGGUAAUGAUGAGCGUAAUUCGACUGACGUGAUCGAAGAAGCGGCGCGCAAGGGCCAUCUGCAAAUGGUCCAGUUGUUGCACCUGAACAGUUUUGCUUGUACGACCAAAGCGAUGGACGACGCCGCUGUCGGUGGCCAUUUGAAGGUCGUCCAAUGGCUGCAUUCUCAUCGGACCGAAGGCUGUACGACGCGCGCAAUGAACUGGGCCGCAUCGAAUGGACAUUUGAAGAUUGUGCAAUGGUUACAUGCCAAUCGUCAAGUAGGGUGUACGAACUGGGGGCUUGAACGGGCUGCUACCCUUGGCCAUCGGGAUGUGGUGGAAUUUCUCGUGACCCAUCGACAUGAGGUCGAUGCGAAAGUGGUUUUGGAGCGGGUGAAGCUAGAGUACCGCUACGAUGCCGUGGCGAUGUUAGAGUCCAUUAUGGACAAGCCAUCACUCGAAAAUCGUCAACGCGAUUCGAACACGAGGCAGAACGUGAGCUAUGCUUAG